GUUUAAUUAAUGUGUUACUGAUAAUUUAUUUCGAAAUGUACUAUAAUUCACUUCAUUUCCGGUAUGCUAUACAGCGUAUUUCAGUAAAAUUUUGAAUGAAAAUUAAGAGUUUCUGUAGAACAUCAUAACAAUGGUUAAAUUGUUAUGCAAAAAACAUUAUAAAUGUUGUAGUUAGUGAUGUAUCGAAUGAGUAGGUCCUGGAACGAAUAACCAUAAUAGAAACUUUGUGUUGACAACCCUGUAACAAUGACACUUGAGAGGUGCUAGCUUUUGACAUUUUGUUAUAAUAAAAGUGUUUUAGAGUUUAUGUUGCAUGAAAAAAUUGGAAUUACCAAUAAAAUUAAUUUUAUAAUUAAAAUGUGUAAGAACCCAUAUGUAUAAGAAAGUGUAUAAGUAGUAUAUUUUUAAGUGCAUAAAUAUGUCUGAUGAACAGAAAGAGCCAGAUAGGCCUACAGACACCUCUUUGAAUGUGCCCCAAAUUAAAGUUAAGCAAGAGAAAUUUGAUCCGGAGGUGGAAGCAAAAAUUAAUGCCAUCACCAUACCUAAUGUUAUAAUAAAGCGUGAAUUUCAUAACGAACACAAAAGUUUGCAGUCAAAUGCCGAGAAGGGGGAAUUUAGCAAAACCGAUGUAGAUGAUAACGUAGAUGUCAAUGAGAGUGGUGAUGAUGGUGACAGCAGUGUAGACAACAACGUUGGUGUUAAUAAUAACAACAAAUAUAAUCCACAUGAUUCUAAUGGAAAAGAUACUAGUUUAGACGAAGAUAAAAAAUCCAUUACCCCGGUUAAAUCAUCCAACGAGAUCCUCGCCGAACUCUUUCAGGUUUUCAAUGCAGCGCCCCCUGAAGAAUUAUUGGAUGAUGAAAGUCUACUUAAGAAGAGCCACAAACAUAAAAAGCACAAGAAAGAAAAGAAGAAUAAAAUUAAGCGUGAAAAGGACAUUUCGGGAGGAGAAGGAACUUGUAGCGAUAGCGAAGAGUCUAACCUUCCCAACGAUGAUAAGGAAAAAAAAUAUAAGCACAAACAUAAGAAGAGAAAGAAACAUAAACACAAAGAUGCAAAAGAUAAAGUUCGGGGUAAAAGUAAUGAUAAGGGUAAGAAGGAUAAAGAAAAAUCCAAAGAAAGACAAACGAGCAAAGAACGGUCUUUUGAAACAGUUAAGGACACUUCAAAACCAUCUUCACCAAAACACUCUAGAACUGAGCCAAAAUAUGAACAUCACCAGGAUAGUCGGUCACAUAAGAGACAAUCAGAUACGAAAAGUAUGUGUACAGCCGACUCAAAAAAAGUUCGUACGGAAUGUGAACAUAUUGUUACGCGGCAUAAAAGUAGUGAAAUUGAAAAACACGGGGAGAGAGAUCGAGAUAAAGACACAAUUAGGGUACAAAACUUUGAGAAAAAUAGAGAAAAGAAUAAUACAAGAGAUCAUAAGCAUAACAGCUUUUAUAAUGGAUUUCCCGAGUAUGAGUCCAACACAAAAACAGUGCAUAUCAAAAAGGAACCAAAGGAAACAACUAUCAAACGAGACACACAUGAUGGCCAUAUUUCGGAAAUAUCUCUUUCGGACGAAGAGGAAGAUUAUCUAAAAGAUCGUCACGUCAGCGAUGAUACGAAACAUCGUCGAUUUGGGCAUGAUUAUGCCAAUGAGCGAUCAUCUAAUAGUUUCUACGCGGGAUUAAAACGCAGUCGGAGCCGAGAUCGAGAUAGAAAUCGAAACCGUGAUCGUGAACGAGAGCGCGAUAGAAACUACCGUGGAGACGGACGAAGCCAUAGCAAGCGGCGCAGCCGCAGCCGUGGUCGUUCGCGCUCCCGUUCACGUGAUUUAGGUAUCGACAAGAAAAGACUCCUCGAAAUAGCACGUAAAAACGCCAUCAGCAUGUUUAAACGCGGAAACUUGCCCGGCUGUGACAGCAUGUCGCAGGAAGUCAAGGAUAAAGUGUUGCUAAAAAUGCGAUACGGCGGCAAGACUGUGCAGGAUCUUACAGAUUUUUGUAAGAAAAUUUCAAACGGUGAAAAUCUGUCAGAUCUCAGCUCCGACGAAGAUUCCGAUGUUGAUAAGAGUGGUAAUACAAAAGCAUUUCACCAUCCCUUCCAGCUAAAAGAACGCGAACCGAUAGUAAUGCACAUACGCAACGCGACUACAUUGCCAUUACGGCCAACAUCAAACGACGCUGUAAAAGCCAUAACAAUGCAAUUCCCAGUUUCGUCUGGAGAGCGGCAUCGAAUGACUGAAGCAUGGGUGCCCGUGGUACAGAAGGAUAAUUUACCACCAUUGCCAACAUUGCCUGCAGUCGCACAAUCAACCACCAUGUUUAAGACAGGCGUCGUUAAGAACGUAUUUGAGAAAGCCAUACCUGAAGAACAACAAGAACCCGCCUUCAAACCAGUGCAACAAUCAUCUGUAAAUACAAAUGGAGAAACUAAUUGUGCAGUGCCAAAUACAGUUGAUAAUAGUGCGAUUCCUGUAGCAUCCUCAAAUAUGCCAGCACAAACGCAUGUACCAAUGCAUGUGCAUCUUGUUAAACCCCUCGCAGAUGCACCAGGCGGUGGAAAACCUUUGUAUGCAGUUCCACCUCCUAGUGUGACUACGGGGGUUUCUCCGUCUAUAACAAGCUAUCCUCCAAUACAAGCAACUGUGUUGCCACCGGUUUCUAUACCGCCUCCACCUAUUCAACAGAUCUUUGUUCCAGAUGUGCCAGUCCCAUCUAGUGCAGAUGCUCCUGUCGGGGCCAUAAAAGUGUUUCACGAAUUAUCGGGACCACAAUUAGACGUGUCCAGUAUUAUAUCUAAACGCUUACAAGCAAUGCGACGAUUACAGGAAAACCCAAUGGACCCUGAAGCUAUUAAAAUGAUGUACAACUCUCAGAAGGACAUGUCUUCAUGGGCGUCGUCCAAACAUUUGCCCGGCCAAUUCACGGGAAGUACCGGCGCCAAUAUACUUUCAAUGAGAGAACUGAAUUCUGGGCCACAAGCAUGGGCGCGGCGGGAUCAAUUAAUUACAUCGCGUCCAGUGAGUGGAGGUAUGGGCAUGCAGUUACUUCAAAAAAUGGGUUGGAAACCUGGCGAGGGUCUAGGUCGUGACAAAACUGGAUCCUUACAACCGCUACUUCUUGACGUGAAAUUAGACAAACAUGGUCUAGUUGCACGCGAUGAUAAUAAUGGCUAUAAACAAAAACCAUGUAAAAAACAACGUCCCCAAAAUAAUAUACAACAACAACAACAAGAGUUAUUGGAAAAACAUCCAGUUUGUCUGUUAAAUGAGUUGACAUCCAAACGAAAGUGGACGCCACCAUUGUAUACGCUUGUUAACGAGGCUGGACCUUCGCACAGCAGAAUGUUUUUAUUCUCGGUAUCAAUAAAUGGACACACCUACACACCCACUCAGGGUUCAAAUACGAAAAAGGAAGCCAAACUGAUUUCAGCGCGCCACUGUCUACAACAAAUGGGAAUCUUACCAAUGUAGUUUUAAUGCGAAUUUGUUAACGCCCGCAGCGUUACGUUAUAUGCGUUUUUAUUUUGCUAAUUUAUGUAUAAUAUCAAUGUGUAUUGUAAGAGUUGAAUUAUUGAGAAAUGUAAUUACAACUACAGACUUUACUUAAUAUUAAUUCCAUUAGUAUAAAUGUAAAAAUCUGUAAAAAGUGA